AUGUCCGGCGAGAAGGAUGCCACCCGCGAAAACGUCCGACUCCAGCUUAAGUGCAACGAUGGCGGUAUCGUUCCGGUCGACCUGCCCGUCGCUGAACGCUCCAUCCUCCUCAAGAACCUGAUUGAGGAUCUGGGCCUCGAGGCGGCUACCACCCAGCCCGUGCCUCUUCCCAACGUCACUCAGCCCGUCCUCGAGAAGAUUGUCGAGUGGUGCAACCACCACCGCAACGACCCCCUCCCCACUCAGGACGAUGACAGCGAGUCCCGCAAGAAGACCACCGAGAUCGAUGAGUGGGACCAGAAGUACAUGCAGGUCGACCAAGAGAUGCUCUUCGAGAUCAUCCUUGCUGCCAACUACAUGGACAUCAAGGCGCUCCUUGAUGUCGGGUGCAAGACGGUCGCCAACAUGAUCAAGGGCAAGUCUCCCGAGGAGAUCCGUAAGACUUUCAACAUCACCAACGACUUCACGCCCGAGGAGGAGGAGCAGAUCCGCCGGGAGAACGAGUGGGCCGAAGACCGUUAA